GAUGAGGUGGAAAUAUCAACUUACCUGAAAUCCACAAUGUCACCUUCCGGCAAAGAGAUAUUCAGAAAGAGCGAAAUAAACAGUGCAACUGAAAGAUGCUUCUGAUCUCACCUUGUUCCAUUUCUGCUCCUCCAUCAACAAGCCGGAUCAGACAUUCGCCGAUCAAAUCCAUGAGAAGCAAUUCUGCUUCGCAACGGAUAAACGGCAUGUCAGCUCUCCAAUCUCGAAUCUCCCUACUCAUCGCUCUCGCCUCCCAAACCUCUUCUCUUUCUCAAAAACUUUUGACGGAAUUGGCGGGUGAAACCGCGAAAUACGUGUUUCCGAAGAGGAUAUUCGAAAGUCGGAAUCUAGAGGAAGCUUUGAUGUCUGUGCCCGAUCUGGAGACAGUGAAAUUCAAGGUUUUGAAACGCAAUGAUUGGUAUGAGAUAAGACAAGUUGAGCCUUACUUUGUUGCCGAGGCUACAAUGCCUGGGAAGAAUGGGUUUGACCUUAAUGGUGCAUCUCAAUCCUUCAACAAAUUGGCUGAGUACUUGUUUGGUAAGAACACGAAGAAGGAGAGUAUGGCGAUGACAACACCCGUAAUCACUCGUAGAACUCAAUCUGAUGGGGAGAAGAUGGAAAUGACUACUCCAGUGAUAACUAAAAGGGUGGAAGAUCAGGAGAAGUGGAGGAUGUCCUUUGUCAUGCCCUCAAAGUAUGGUUCGGACUUGCCGCUACCAAAGGAUUCGUCUGUAACUAUCAAAGAGGUGCCUAGGAAAACUGUCGCAGUUGUUGCCUUUUCAGGUUUUGUGACUGAUGAAGAAGUAAAAGCCCGAGAAUCAAGACUUCGCACGGCAGUAAGGGGAGAUGCUGAGUUUCGGGUAAAAGAUGGUGCCUUGAUAGAAGUUGCACAGUACAAUCCACCAUUUACUCUUCCGUUCACACGUCGGAAUGAAAUUAGCCUGGAAGUUGAAAAGAAACAGGAAUAGCUAGUCAGUGUGCAGUAUAUUGCAGAUAAAUGCGUGCACUGAUGUAGAGAAACCAGUGAAGCAAAACUUCACCAGUAUACGUUAAAGUCAUAAUAUGGUGUGUAAAUAUAUUGUAUCAAUAUACUCCUUGUAUAUAUACAUCUCAGGCGAUUGCGCUUGACCUUUUGGUCAUAAGCUUAUGUGCAUGUACAGAAUGUACAGAUCCCUCAUUGCUUCUACUCUGAAAAUAAUAAGACACUUGUCUUUUAAUUUGUA